CUUCCUGCGGCAGCACAGUGAGCCUCAGAGCCUCCGCAGGGACAGCAGCCGGAGACACACACCCUCACAUUUUCCUGCCCUUCCCAGCCAGGCGGGCACCACGGCAGGGGCUGAGCUACCCUCAUGGAAGGGAGAGGACCGUACCGGAUCUACGACCCUGGGGGCGGCGUGCCUCCGGGAGAGGCAUCCGCAGCUUUUGAGCGCCUAGUGGAGGAGAAUUCCCGGCUGAAGGAAAAAAUGCAAGGGAUAAAGAUGUUAGGGGAGCUUUUGGAAGAGUCCCAGAUGGAAGCAUCCAGGCUGCGGCAGAAAGCAGAGGAGCUAGUCAAGGACAAUGAGCUGCUCCCACCACCUUCUCCCUCCUUGGGCUCCUUCGACCCGCUGGCCGAGCUCACAGGAAUGGACACAAACGUCCCAGCGACUCCUGCUGCCCCUACAUGCCCCAGUGACAAGCCAGUGCCAGUCCAGAAGCCUCCAUCCAGCGGCACCUCCUCUGAAUUUGAAGUGGUCCCCACUGAGGAACAGAAUUCUCCACCAGAGAGUGGCGGCCGCACCCACACAGUGGAGCUGGGCCCCCUGCCCCACGAGGACAGCAACCUGAUGCUGCACCUGCAGCGCCUGGAGACCACCCUGAGCGUGUGCGCAGAGGAGCCGGACCACAGCCAGCUCUUCACCCACCUGGGCCGCAUGGCCCUCGAGUUCAACCGGCUGGCCUCCAAGGUGCACAAGAACGAGCAGCGCACCUCCAUCCUGCAGACCCUGUGUGAGCAGCUUCGGAAGGAGAAUGAGGCUCUGAAGGCCAAGCUGGACAAGGGCCUGGAACAGCGGGAUCAGGCUGCUGAGAGGCUGCGGGAGGAAAAUAUGGAGCUCAAGAAGUUGUUGAUGAGCAGUGGCAACAAAGAGGCCACCUCCGGGUGGCCGGUCUCACUGAAGAUGGAAGGUGCAGGCAAGAAGGAGGUGGCUGGACAGCAGCAGGCUAGUGUGACUGCAGGUAAGGGCCCAGAGGUGGGGGCCUUGGGCACAGCCGAGAAGAAGGUGAAGAUGCUGGAGCAGCAGCGGACUGAGCUGCUGGAAGUGAACAAGCAAUGGGACCAGCAUUUCCGGUCCAUGAAGCAGCAGUAUGAGCAGAAGAUCACUGAGCUGCGCCAGAAGCUGGCGGACCUGCAGAAGCAGGUGACCGACCUGGAGGCUGAGCGGGAACAGAAGCAGCGUGACUUUGACCGCAAGCUCCUCCUGGCCAAGUCCAAGAUUGAAAUGGAAGAGACUGACAAGGAGCAGCUGACCGCAGAGGCCAAGGAGCUGCGCCAGAAGGUCAGGUACCUGCAGGAUCAGCUGAGCCCACUCACCCGGCAGCGCGAGUACCAGGAAAAGGAGAUCCAGCGGCUCAACAAGGCCCUGGAGGAGGCACUGAGCAUCCAGGCCCCACCAUCAUCUCCACCCACAGCAUUUGGGAACCCGGAAGGAUCAGGGGGCCUGCUAAGGAAGCAGGAGCUGGUCACGCAGAAUGAGCUGCUGAAACAGCAGGUAAAGAUCUUCGAGGAGGACUUCCAGAGGGAGCGCAGCGACCGAGAGCGCAUGAACGAGGAGAAGGAGGAGCUGAAGAAGCAGGUGGAGAGGCUGCAGGCCCAGGUCACCCUGUCCAACACCCAGCUAAAAGCCUUGAAAGAUGAGGAGAAGGCAAGAGAAGCCCUCAAACAGCAGAAGAGGAAAGCCAAGGCCUCAGGAGAGCGCUACCACGCGGAGCCGCACCGGGAGCACGUGUGCGGGGUCUACCCCUAUGCCUACCCGCCCAUGCCCGCCAUGAUGCCACACCACGGCUUCGAGGACUGGUCCCAGAUCCGCUACCCCCCGCCCCCCAUGGCCAUGGAGCACCCAGCCCCGCUCCCCAACUCACGCCUCUUCCAUAUGUUUUGUCGCAGCCAGAAUACACCUGGCGUCCACCCUGCGGAGGGAUUCGAAAUCAGAGCUCCCAAGUGAUGGACCCGCCCCCAGCCAGGCCUGCAGAACCAGACUCUGCAAAAAAUGACCGAGAGGGGCCUCAGUGAGACCAGAUCAUGUCAUUUGGCUCCACCUUCGUCUUGCAGAGCCAACUGACCUCAGAUUACCGAAAAACUAGAGGCCAUGUGCAGUGUGUAGCCAGAGCCUCAGCUGGACGGGAGGCUGACGUGGGUGGCCAGCUCGCACCCCCGGCCCGACCUGAACUGUUUACGAGACUUGGGAGGCUCCACCCGGAAGGCUUCCACUUGGGAUCCUCCUUUGGAAGUUUCCAGGAAAAACUCACUACCCCUCCACUGAGUGGAGAGAGGCCUCAUCUGGCUGAGACCCGCCAUCCACUGCUGAAGCCUCUAGGAGACAUCAGUCUUAAGAGUGAGGUGCAGCUGAGACCCCCUUCCUUCAGAACCUCCCAGAAGUGGUUCCAGCCCCUCUGCAAGUGCCACACCUAAUUCGUGUGUGUGUUUAGUUUCCGCUUCAAGCUCUGUAGCAGGACCUGCCUGAUGCCCAUCCUUCCCCCGCUGUGAGGAGCCGCAGGAAGAGCGUGUGUUCUCCAGGGUGGAAGAGAACGGCAGCAUGUUCUGGCUCUGGGGCUCCCUGUACCUCCACUCGCAGCAGCCUUGCCAGAGCCCCCGCAGCUGGAAUGAAGGCCACGCCAGCCACGUCCACUGAGGGGCCCCAGCAUGACACUGCCAGGCCCUGAAGUUCAAGCCCUCGGCCCCGGCAGCUGGAAGGUUGUGGAGCCAGAGACUGGGAUUGGGGUGGCUUUCCAUCCCUGGGCAGCUGUUUGCACGAAUCUUGGACAUACAUCCAAGUUUAAGAUCAA